AUGAGGCUCAUAACGCACAACAUGCUUUCCUGCAACAUCAAAGGAGUCACAAACGGAUUCCCUCUGAAGAUCGAAUCGGUGACAGUGGUUGAGAAGGAAGUCGAUUUCAAUCCCGAUUUCCUCAGGCACAUGUUCGCCAAAAUCGAGUGGAAGGCUCUCGUCGAAGGCGCACGCUCCAUGGGAUACGAAGAGUUACCGGAGGAUUCGCCGGAUGCUUCGGAGCUGGAAUCCGACGACGAGACCUUCCUCAGGAAACUCCACCACGCGCUGCUCGAGCUCCACCUUGAGGAAGGCGCGCUUGUUUGCCCCGAGACUGGUCGGAAGUUUCCGGUUAACAAAGGAAUCCCAAAUAUGCUUCUCCAUGAAGACGAGGUUUAA